UUCGGCUCGUAAUUCAUCAUGGAUCGUCGCCUGAGACGCCCGCGCCGCACGGACGAAGUGUCCAGCGGCCCAGUUCUGCAGCAAUCCUCGCAGCCCAGCCAACUGCCGGUGACCCGGCGAGCGGGAUCCCUCACAGCGGCAGCAGCAGCCGCAGGAACCACCGGUCCCGCCACCCGGACACGUGCCUCCCCGUCGCGCAACAAGGUCACCGCACCGCCCUCGCCCGAACUGGGACCGCGCACCCGCCGCUCCAGCCGCCCGAGGUCGUCGGUGGGUCCGCUCACCGCAGCGGCCCCAGGAUCCGGUUCCUCGCUGCUCGCCAAGGCCGCCAUCAAGGCUCGCACGCCCAUCCGAGAGGUUUCCGAGGUACCGUCGCCCGCUCGUCAGACGUCCAGCAGUUUGCCCCUGGCCUUGACCACCAACACAUCCAGUGGGGCCCCGAAUAAGCUGUUCAACACGAGCUCCACGAACAGCGGCAACAACUACAGUCGCACCACCACAACGAGCACCACAACCAGCGAGCGCAUCGAGAUUCGCGCCGAGGGCGAAAGUGAGGUGGACACGGACUCCAUUCGCAAGCGAAUCACCGAACGACUCCGCCGAUCGGUGUCCAAAACUAUCUCGAAUUUGGCCGGAACCCCGGUGACAAACACCGAAGAAGGCAGUCGCUACAGCCGCAGUGUUUCGCGAUCCGUGUACGACGAUGAGAAGUCCUCGAAGCGCAGCUACUCCACCGGGGAGGAGGACAUCGAGGAGGAGGAAGAGGUGGAGGAGGAUCAGUUCCGUAGCUUCAAUGUCACCCGUAAAUCGGCCACACCGGCGGAAAUUUCGUGUCGCCAGCUGAAGGCUCCCCGCGAAUUCGGAGGCUGGCUGGGUGCCUUCCUCCUGCUGCUCCUGCUGCCCACCGCUGUGUACUAUCUCACCUGGAGCUGCACGGCCCGUAACUCCUGUCAGUUUAAGCGCCUCAAUCUGGGCAUUCUGCUGGAUGUUAACUACCUAACACGUCAAGUGUUUCAGCCACGAGUUGUUGGCGCCUUUGCCGCCUAUCAGGUGGUGGUUUUUGUCCUCGUGGCCCUGCUGCCCGGACGAAGGGUUCAUCUCACCCGGGAGACCUACAAGUUCAACUGUCUGGCGGUGUCACUUACUCUUCUGAUUGCCGGUGGAGUCGCGGAGUAUCUGAAGUAUCCGGUGGUGACCUUCAUUCUGCGUCACUAUCUACGUUUCUGCAUUUUCGGACUCGUCGGCGCCUUUGUGGCAGCUGCCUGGAGUUACUGGCUCGUGGACACGGCCAAGUACAACGUGCUGCGUCAGACGCUGACCAAUGAUUAUGGCAGGACUGGCAGCUUUGUGGUGGACUUUGCGCUGGGCAGGCAGCUGAAUCCCAAGUGGCUGGGACGCGUGGAUUGGAAGCAGUUCCAGUAUCGUCUCUCCUUGAUCACCACUUUUCUGUAUGCCGUUUGUUAUAUCUACCAGACGCUCGUGUGGCCGCAAAAGCCACAAAUGGCGGAGCAGGAGGGCUAUCUUCAUUUGGUCAAGUACUAUUGGAACAAUGUCAACUACGAUGCGGGCACCCUGCUCUCGGCCAGCUGUCUGCUGCUCUACGUACUGGAUUCGAUUGUUUUUGAGCACCACCUGAGCUCCUCUUUCGAACUGCAACACGAGGGAUAUGGCUGCUUGCUGCUCCUGCGCUACGCAGCCACUCCUUACUUGCUGACGGCGGUUACCAAGUAUUUCUACGAGCAACGCAUACCCAUCUCCUGCUGGUAUGCUCCUUUAGGAGUGGCCGCCCUGCUGUCUCUGGGAUUGCUGGUGAAGCGUUUCAGCUGCGCCUACAAGUACAAAUACCGGCUGAACUCACAGAGUCCGAUCUUCGCCAACAUUGAGACCAUUCACACGUAUCAGGGAAGCCGCCUGCUGCUCAGCGGGAUGUGGGGUUGGGUCAGGCAGCCCAAUUACCUCGGCGAUAUCCUGGCUUUGCUAGCCCUGGCUGCUCCCGUCGCCCUGCGUCCUGCCUGGCCUCCAGUUUUGGGUCUCAGCCUGAUCGUCCUGCUGCUGCUGCACCGCGCCACUCGGGCGAACGCCAGGAAUCAGGCGCGCUAUCACUCGUCGUGGCAUCGCUACAGCACCCAGGUGCGCAGCUACAUCCUGCCCAGGAUCUACUAAGCACCUAGUUGACUUCUUUUAUUUUUGUGGCCAUUUUUAUUUCGAUUUCAGUUUGUUUUUAUUUUAUGUUUCGAAUUUUGUAUAUAGAAAUACGUAUUCAUAUUCAGCCCCCCCAUUCAUUUAAGUACAAAAUUUGAUUUUACUCUCGCCGACGAACAUUGAAGAAAAUCCUUAAUCACAAACACACAUAUAAGCUUAAGACAAAAGACUCCCAAAACAUCUAGAUGUACGAACUUAUGCGCUUAAGAUCUAGACACCUUAAAUAUAUUCAUUACUUUAUUAUAUCUAUAUGGUAUGCAUAUAGAAAGUACUUUUUAAACUUAAAUAUAAAAUAAAAAAUCUUUAGUUUCUAUGCUCUAAAGAAACGCACAA